UUCUCUCUCUCUCUCUCUUACUCUUCUCUUCUCCAUCACCGGCGGCGAUCUCAGCUGCCAUUCUCCGGCAGAAAUGCCCUUCCGUUGGCUGAAACCUCUCUACUGCAAAUCCAACGCCUUGGAUGACAUAGUUCAGCUCCCAAAGAAACGCCAGCCAUCCUCCUCCUCAAGAAAUCCAUCACUAUCUUGCCACAGUUCCUCUCAAGCCCUUCUCGACGUCUUCUUCCUCCUCCCCAAAACCCCCCAUUUCUCUACCCAAAAGCCCCAACAUACUCGCUCCCAAACUAACACCUCGAUACCAAAUCCUAAUCUCUCUCCCAAACAGAUACCGAAAUCGCACCACAACAGCCCUCCUUUUCCCCCUCGGCCGCCGCCGUCACCGCCUCCACCUCUUCCAACACUCUCGAAGCUCCCGGCAACCCAUUCUUCCCGUCGCAUAAUCGAAAUAAUCUUCCGUUCAAGCUGGUCCCUUCCUUUCCCCUUCCACAUUGACAUGCUAUUCCGCAUCCGCCACACCCCGCUUGCCAUCGCAGCCUUCGAGGCCCGCCGCACUGCCGUCCUCCGCCUCGAUUCCAACGACCCUCGCUGCGCUGCCGACGGCAACGAGAUGCUUCGCUUCCACGCGACGGCCGCCGACGGCGGAUUAGCGCGAUGCAAAGUGGGGAAGAUGGAGGGGGUGCGGACCUUCGCCGGAAGCGGUGGGGCCCACGAGUGCUGCGGUGGCGGAUCGCGUCGAAGGGGUAUGAUGGUUUGUCGGGUUAUUGUGGGCCGUGUCGGGGACCCGGAGGAGAUGGGAUCCGGAGUUGACUCGGUCAGACUCGGUGAAGAGGAGUUAUUGGUGUUCGAUGCUCGGGCGGUUCUUCCCUGUUUUUUAAUUAUCUAUAAGGUUUAAUUAUACAUUAAUUAACACUGUAUUGUGUGCAUUUGUAUAUUU